AUGGAGCGAUAUCUUCAGAAUGAAGCGAUUCGAGCACAGGAGUUAAACUUCUGGUCGGAGGUUGACGGGGUGCAGCUUCUGGUCGGAUCUGUUAGAAUGGUCUUCGUAUUCGAGAAAUGUUUUUUUUUUGUCCCCAACCGACUGCCCAAUACACUAUUUUUUACGCUAGACCUUCUGUUCUUCAACGCUCCCAUUUGCCGUCUCUUCGUGUCCGCUUCCACUAUCGAGAGGACAGUGAUUCUCCUACUGGUCAUGGUCCAGCCAGACGCAUGUAUCCGUAUAUCACUGACGAGUGAGAUUCUGAUACCAAAAAACGGAGUUCAAGGUGGAGGACGUGCCGGGGAGUAUUUCAAUUUAGAUGUUCCCUGUUCUUCAAGUUUCUCCAUUUCUAUAUGGGUUUCGAAGCAGAUGCGCUUCCAACCUAUUCACUAA